AAAUUCAUUACGCUGUCAAGAAAAAGUCAACGGACGAAGAACACCGAGACGAGAUUUUGCUUCAAAUCGAAAAUUACGAAGGGUGAGGACGACGCAUUCGCACGAAAAUAUGCCGAAAGUUACGGAUCUUUGUGAUAAAAUUCGUCACAAUCUGAACUUACAGUCAAAUUCUUCACGGAAGCAGGGGAACUUUCGAAAUUCUAGGAAACGUUGCAGUUUAUACUCGGAUAAAGUACCUACCAACGCCGCAAUCUCGGAAGCGUUACGGAAUCCGCUGAUCCUCGAAGCCAUCUUCGGCAAACUCACCCUCCCCGCCUUGAAGCGGGCCCGGCUCGUUUGCCACGACUGGAACGAUGUGGCCGGCACCCUUUUAGGAAAACGGGCUUAUCUCCACGUCAACAAGGUUGUCUCGUUCAAAUCUGCCGCCACCUUGUCUGAGGUCACCCCAGUCCACGACGAAGUGAUCCGGCGCCUCCUCAUCUCGUACAAAUUUGCCCCGUCCGUUCCUGCCGAGCAGAAGGCUCUCGUUGUUACAAACGCGCUUAGCUCCGUGGCUCAAAAAGGAUCCCAAUCAACGCGCGAAAUUAAAUUUCGCGUCGCCGAAAAAGAAUUUAUUCCCGCCUUCCUGGAAGGAAUAAGGUUGUUCGGGGCAACGAAAAUUGAAAAAAUUUACCUCUCAAAUAUCUGGCCACCUCGAAAUGAUUACGCAAUUCCCGCUCAAACUUAUCAAAAACUCCCCCCUCAAGAUCACCUGACUUUCAUCAAAUUCAAGAUUUUUAUCCAAGAUGAACCUCCCAGAGCCUUCGGGCCAUACGAAUUUCAACCCUUUUUACAAAUCUGGAUCGAUGCAGCUACCAAUUUGACCAGUUUGGACGUGACGACCAACUUCUAUCCGAAUUUGGAGGGGUGUAAAAAUCUUAAAUUUUUGAGAUAUAAAUUCGUGCGGAUGGCUAGUUACUAUGGGUGGUAUCCCGACUUGGAUUUUGCAAAGGUGGCAAAGAUGCUGGGACAGGUGAAGGAUUCCUUAAUCGAGUUGGAAUUGGAGCACACGAUCCUUGGUGCCACAGGGGAGAUCCAAACUCUUGCGGAGGUUCCCGUCCUGUCAAAACUUACCAGGCUGGCCAUCCCAUCAAUUAAUAUAUACCGAAUUCGUGACUUCUUUGAUCACGACCACCUUCCCAAAUUAAAAAGCGUCUCGGUCAACGAACGAAUCAUGCCAUCGUCGCUGUUAUGCCAUCUAAAUUUAUGGCAACGACACACCGGAGUUCGCUCUCUAUCCUUGGAUUUGUGCACCUUGGGGGGGACAGACUACGCGGAAGAGUUUGUGGAUGUAUUUCCCGCCGUUAAAGAAUUCCAUUUAAGGGCGGAGGUCUCAUUUCACACGACCCUUUCGGACAUCAAUGAGAUUCUGGGACCAUGGCAAAAGUGGGAUUUGGAACGGGUCAAGGUUCACGUGAAAUUAUUUGGAGAUUUUUCCUUGUUGGUUGACAUCCUCAAAGCUGUAUCGGAAUUGAAAGGAGUUAAAAGUAUCCAGUUCUCCGACAUUUUCCUUAAGGGGGACACCUUUUCCCCCUUCGUUGAAGAUGUCAUCUUGGACAGUGGAGGAUUCAAAAGCGUAGAAAUCUCGGGCUGUUGGGGGAAAGGAAUUGUGGAACGAAUCCAACCCAUUUUCAAGGCCAGCGGUGCUCCAGUUCGUCUUGUGCGUGACGAUAUUAGCAACAAUAUUGGAUAUCGGAUUUACAACUAAGCGGGCAUUUUAGUGUCUCGACUUUCCCUUCUUCCAAGCAUUAAUAUAAAUGACAAUUUUGAAACUUGUUUAUUCAAUAAUAAAAA